AUGGGAGUCACGGAUCCCUCGCAAGACGCCUCGAGCACGCCUGACGUGGUUGAAAAGAGCCUAGCGACGCUGAACACACUCAGAAUCGGCGUGAAGGCAUUCGUGGAAAAGGAUGGCGGGCAUCGCAAGGCCGAGAUCCUGUCCAUGAGGCAGCGCAAGGAUGGUCCCAGUUUCUACGUGCACUAUGUUGAUUUCAAUAAGCGACUGGACGAGUGGAUACCCGCAUCGCGCAUUGAUCUAUCCAAGGAAGUAGAAUGGCCGCUUCCUGAACGCUUGGAAAAGAAAAAGGUCACAGGCGCUGCUGCCACCAAAACCCAACCCAAGAGCGCAUUGAAAAGAGUACGGCAGCCAAGCCGUGAUAUUUCGUCAACCCCGGAUGUUUUAGCUGGAAAAAAUCUCAAUAUCAGCAAGCCAUCUAAACUUUCCAAGGCUGGUGGCAAGGAGAACUUGGACGAUGGAGCAGCCUUUGUUAACCCCCAGCAACUCAACGAACUGCUGUCUACAGGUGGCACUCCCCAACUAGAAGCAGAUUCUGAUGAUGUGGAUAUGAUUGAUGCGGAUGCCGAGAUUAACGCUACCAUCAAGGAAGAGCUAGAAGGAGCAGCUGAGGAUGCCGUUCGACAGGAAGAAAUCGAGAAACUGAGAACAGGCGGUAGCAUGACACAGAACCCUACAGAAAUUCAUCGAGUACGAAACCUCACCCGUAUACAAAUGGGUAAGUACGAGAUAGAGCCAUGGUAUUUCUCGCCAUACCCGGCUUCAUUUAGUGAUGCGGAUAUGAUCUAUAUCGAUGAGUUUUGCCUUAGCUACUUCGACAAUCAACGUGCGUUCGAAAGGCACCGGACGAAAUGUACACUUGUCCAUCCACCGGGAAACGAGAUAUAUCGAGAUGACUACGUAUCUUUUUUCGAGGUCGAUGGUCGCCGACAGCGGACCUGGUGUCGGAACCUAUGCUUGUUAAGUAAAUUAUUCCUUGACCAUAAAACGCUCUACUAUGACGUCGAUCCGUUCCUUUUUUACUGCAUGGCUACAAGAGAUGAACACGGGUGCCGUUUGGUUGGAUAUUUUUCCAAAGAAAAAGAGUCAGCUGAAGGCUAUAACGUCGCCUGUAUUCUUACAUUGCCUCAAUACCAACGCCGCGGCUACGGUCGCCUGCUCAUUGCGUUUAGCUACGAACUGAGUAAACGAGAGGGCAAGCUGGGCUCCCCCGAAAAACCAUUAAGCGACCUUGGCCUGCUAAGCUAUCGGCAGUACUGGAGAGAAACGCUGGUUGAGCUCCUCCUAGAUCCGGACCGCGAAGCGAUCAGUGAAAGCGAGCUGGCAACCUUGAGUGGGAUGACCGAAAAAGACGUUCAUGAAACAUUGGUUGUACUGAACCUCCUGAGAUAUACUAAAGGCUCUUGGAUCAUCCUCCUCACGGAUGCCAUUGUCGACCAGCAUAACAAACGCUUGGCAAAAGAACAAGCUAAAGGUGUCCGUGGCAUUGAUUCUGCACGCCUCCAGUGGAAGCCGCCCGUCUUUACUGCAUUGAGUCGGACAUGGAAUUGGUAG